AUGGAAAUAAAGGAGGUAAAUAACGUGGUCAACGUAGUUCGAGCUCAGUUGUUGACUAACUUCAUAAUCAACAUGAGCGGACGAGGAAAAGGAGGAAAGGGUCUCGGUAAAGGAGGCGCUAAGCGUCACCGUAAAGUCCUCCGUGACAACAUCCAGGGAAUCACCAAACCCGCCAUCCGCCGUCUGGCUCGCCGCGGCGGGGUGAAGCGUAUCUCCGGUCUGAUCUACGAGGAGACCCGCGGUGUGCUGAAGGUCUUCCUGGAGAACGUGAUCCGUGAUGCCGUAACCUACACCGAGCACGCAAAGAGGAAGACGGUGACCGCCAUGGAUGUGGUGUACGCGCUCAAGAGACAGGGACGCACCCUGUACGGAUUCGGGGGUUAAACCAUCUUUCAACCAAACAACGGUCCUUUUCAGGGCCACCCACCUGAUCUGAGAGCAUAUUACCAACAUUUAUACGCACAUGUUUUUGGAUAAAAGUUGUCUUGAUUAAUUUAUUCGAUCCCAGGAAACAACCAGGACAAACAUUUCUAUCAG